UCUAUCGAUUGUUCAUAAUGUCCAAGUGUGUACCACGGAGAACACCCGUAGCCUUGCAACGCCAGUGUGCCGUUCUGCAGGAAGUGCUGACUCAGCGGGUUGACAGACGUACGUAUCUAAGGCGCACGUGAUGCGAUGACGCGCGUGCACAACCUCCUAGAUCCUGUGGCUUGGCAAACAUACACCGUCUUCCUCAUUACGUCUACGUACACUGCGGUUGUAUUUGCGACUUUUUGCAAACCUUCUAAGCGCUUCCGCACACUUACGUUGUUACACUGAACGAGCCACUCCCAUACGCGGAAAGUAGGGUGCAGUCGACGCCGCCAUGCCAGCGCUAGUGACAUGCCGAGGAACGUCGCUUGAGGCGCAGUGGAACGUCGGCAGCGAUGAUUUUGUCCUUUCGGCCAUCGUAGUAGUCGCCCUCUCACUCCUCAGCUCCAUAUUAGUGAUGGCAGCUCUGGCGGCUCUCUACCUCUCUCCUGGAUGCCCUAAUGACCAGGGUCUCCCCCCUCUUCUCUACUGGUCACUCUUUCUGCUGGUGGCAGUAGAAAUAGGUAUAGUCAUUGAUGAGGCAGUAAUCAUGUCCAUAAGCUACCGAGGUCGCAUAUGGGAAACUGCAAAGAGAGACUCACAAAUCCCAAAGUAUAUCUACGUGCGUCUGGUUCUAAUGGUCCUGGAGUUUCUCUCCGUUAUCUCGUGCUCUGUGGCUACCUUUGACCCGAAUCUGAUUGAGCCGCUCGACUGCAGCUCGUAUCGUGUCGCUGUAGCACUCGCCACGGUGUCGUGUGUGGUUGUUCUGCUAAAGUUUCUCGGUUCGACAGUCAGACUUCUUCUCUUCCUGGAUCCCUGUGGGUUGUUCACGCCAGGCCUUCUCCAACACCUCAGCUUCCUCGAUACGGCCGACGAUGUCGGAGAACUGCCACAGCCACCCCAGUCCCCUUCCUACUUUCCACAGUUUCUCCGGUUCAAAAGGCCAUCGUCUGCUAGAAGAGAGAGUCAACUACAGCUGUCUCCAGUCCAAUCCCCCACUUCACCUGAAGCGAGACUCAGUCGCAAACAGAGAAGAACCCCAAAUGUGGUUCGUUUCUGGCAGCGCCAGGUGAGCAUCACCCAGACUGUCCGCGGCGGGUAUACCCUCGACGAAAUCAGCCAACAGGCAUCACGUUUCCGCACAAACUACAUUGGACUCCGGAGAAUCCAGCGUCGACUACGCGUCUUCUUGUGUUGUCUCGGAGUCGGAGGUCAAAGAUCGAGGGGUGUGGCUUUGGAGGAUGUUGCUCGGGCACUGUACACCCUGUUUGACUUUGACGAGGGGGAGGAGGGAGGGGAGGGGGUGAGGCUGGUGUUGAGUGACGUGAUAGCUGGGUUCAAGCUGGUCAGUCAGUAUCAGCGGGGCAAGACCAACAGACUGGCAGAGGGAGAGAGACUUGAAGACAAGUUCAGGAAGGUGACGUUUGAUCGAAUGCCAGUCAACCAGAAACCUCACUACGUCUACAAGUCUCCUUGUCCUUUCCACAAUGAUAAACCCGAGAACCAUCUGCUGAUGGACAACAUGAUCCACUUCAUGCAGCACUCUAUGGGGAUGUAUGGCUGGCCUCUUCACAUCUUCUCUAACUUGGCCUGUGGCCUCUGCCAACUAGCCUCCAGAACAUGUUGUGGUUGUAGGUGUAUGGGGUAUGGUGGGAGAAUGGAGGGAGAGGGGUGCUGUGGGUGUGAGUCGGCGGCCAUAACCAUUCAAACUGGAGUGGAGAGAGACGACAUUCUAUUCCUCUCCACUGACAAUGAGAUCUUCAAGGCUCCAUUUGCAGUGGUUCUGGACAGGAAGAUGAGGUCUGUGGUUGUGAGUGUCCGUGGAACCCUCUCCAUCAAGGAUGUACUGACAAACAUGUCCUACUCGAUGCAGCCAGUAGACAUUGAUGGAGUCAACGGGACUUUUGUUCAUAUGGGAAUGUACACUGCAGCUGAUGAGAUCCGGAAGAGACUGAUGGGCAGGAGUAGACGGGAGAUCAGACUGGAGGCCAUCAGGACCCAGGGGAGCGCGACUGAGGAGGAGGUGGACAGACUCUUGGACUGCGAGAAGAGAAUCCUGCCACACAUCUUCCAGCAUUACAAGGACUACCAGUUGAUAGUGACGGGGCACUCACUGGGGGCUGGGGUGACCAGUGUCCUGGCUCUACUGCUCCGGAAAGACUUUCCCGAUCUUCACUGCUAUGCCUUCUCCCCACCUGGCUGCGUCUUCAGCUACCCUCUUGCAGUGUACUCAAGAAAAUUCACAACUUCAGUGGUCCUUGGGAACGACUUAGUACCAAGGAUGUCAUUUCGCUCUCUGCUUUAUCUGAAGCAGUCACUAAAACACCUUCUGCAGCACUGUGAUAAGCCAAAGUUCAACGUGCUGUUCCUACCAAAGUGGUGCAGUGGUAUAGGUGGAGGUGGUAGUUGUGCCACUCCAUGGAGGAGCUUGUCUACCACCUGUCAUCUUCCUGAGGGGUUUGAGAGUCUGAUAGUUGGAGAGAACACCACUGGAGAGAGCCUUCAGAAUGCAGUGUUCCCACCAACACACAUCCUCCUCCCCAGCAGCACCCCAGCUCCCAGCAGCACCCCAGCUCCCAGUGUCAGCAGAAGCCGUCGGGUGUCCAUGGACCUCCCGGACAACCCAGAUGUGUUUGAACGAGAGAUCACGGGGCACGUCAAGAACAUGUGUGGUCAGUUUAUGCCCACAUUUCCUCCGGGAAAGAUCUUCCAUCUCAAAGUCAACAAGACUGCCUCUCCCUGUUGCUUUGGGUAUUUCUACCCGAACCAGCUAGAGAUGGAGAGGGUGAAAAACGAAGACCUGUGUAUGAUAAUCAUAGACAGAGGAGCCGUGGAGGACCACCUCCCCAACCACGUCCUGGCCGCUCUGCAGAGGUUCAAGAGACAGUCUCUGGGGCCAGAGCUACAGGGAGGCAGAGGUGGAGAGACUGCGAGAAGAGGCCUGGGAGAGAGAUGAACCAGAAGAGGAAGGCUAGAGCACUCAGCAGUGCAAGAGAGGGCUGGGUGUUUCCCACUACCACUGUUGGUAGAGAUCCCGACACCACUACUACAUCCACCAGCUACGCCCCUCAGAGCAGCUCCUCCACUGUCUACAGUACACCAGACACUGCCAGUCACUGGUCCAGACAACCCACCGACACCCCCUACACUGCCAUCUCCCUGCUAUCGAUGAAACCAACGGCCACCACCAGGGAAGAUGUCGUAGUUCAAGACUCAGCAACUGGAGGAGACUCAGCGAUGGAGUCCUUCGUCGUCUGUCUCGUGGUCACCACGGACUGGCGGGAGAGAGGGUGGUGACUGUCCUGCCUCGCAGGGGAACCAAACUCAAGAUCAUCAUUCCAACUUCGACCGAUAGUAGUGUCAUGUGAUAUAACUGCACCGAUG